GAGAUACCUGGGCCACUGGCGGUGAUUGUAUGUUCACGUCAGGUCUCACGAUCGAUACGACCGUACGAUGACCGUGUCAUUUAUUAGGCAGUAAGAUGGUCAACUUACUGGAUGAAAAACUAAAAUGGCAAGUCGAUGUCUUGAAAAUAUCUACCCAUCGAAGCUGGAGGCGAACUAAAAUUCGACUCCUUGUCUCCAGAUAUCGUGUAUCGUAAGUUUACGAGCUUCUGGAUGUGUGUAGCAAAUCAGAUCGCGUGGCGAAGCCUUCAAAUCUUGGAUCACGGACCGAAGCGUGGCGUAUUCACGAAUACACAAUAUCCAACACGAACACGAACAGGGAGGAUGUCAAUCUUGAUCCAUUCACGUUUUGAUCUGCGAUCCAAGAUAGAGGCGAACUGCUAUCCGCAUCAAAUCAGCAGAAUGUACAGCAAAAAUAGAUGCCAAGACAACUUCGUAAACAUCAUGGGAGAAACCAUCUAUGGUGUGCAAGCAACCAGGAGUCGGUGUCGGCGUCGGCGGAUGGAUAUGUCGCAGGCUUGCUUCGGGCGAUCACCAAGUGAUUUACUGUUCAGCAAAUCGCAUAACCCUUUUUUCGAUGUGUAUAACCACCUCUAUAUGAUGUAUGUUGCCUUGGUACCCCCGUCAUAUAUCCCAUUUGCCAUAAGCACCACCCCAGGAAGCUGAUUUUGAGAUUUGAAAUCAUCACUAGCGAAGGCGCUCUCAUCAACUGACGGGGGAUAGUGUGGCAUAUCUUGGCGCCAGGUAUCACCAACGUCACUAAGUUAGAGUUGAUUGUAAGAUGUGAAUCAGUGCCACACCAAUUCGUCU